GGAGACUAAGAUUCCUCCGUAAAUCAUUCCUGAAACAUGUUGAAAACGUGUUGGCUCCUUUCUCUCUUUCUGUUGGCCUCUGGCCAAGAGACCUGCGACUUCGCGUGUCCUGACCACAUUGACCUCGUGUGCGGAUCCGAUGGCGUGACUUAUCCGAAUCUCUGCGUUUUGGAAUUGGCCGACUGUUUGAGCGACGAAGACAUUACCUUGGCACAUCCAGGACCGUGCGAGACCAAACAAGAAUCAUGUGACAUGCUGUGUUACACUAACUACGACCCCGUUUGUGGCUCCGACGGCGUCACGUACUCUAACCUGUGCAAUUUGGAGGUGGCCGAUUGUCUCAGCGAUGAGGAUAUUACGCUAGCAUACCCCGGAGAGUGCAAAGUGAACCCGGGAGACUGUAACCUCGGAUGCCCCGGGAACUAUAAUCCUGUGUGCGGGUCAGACGGGGUCACGUAUCCCAACUUGUGUGCCCUUGAGGCAGUCGACUGUCUCAGUGAUGAAGAUAUUACGUUGGCCUACGAAGGAGAGUGCAAAGGCAGAGUGAAAGAGAACUGUGAUAACGGAUGCCCUGAUAACUACGACCCCGUGUGCGGCUCCAACGGCGUCACGUACCCCAACUUGUGCCAUCUGGAGCGAGAGAACUGCCUGAGUGACGAGGAAAUCACUGUGGCCUACGAAGGAGAGUGCGAGGACUGUGCUUUCGGAUGCCCUGAUAACUACGACCCCGUCUGCGGCUCCGACGGCGUCACUUACUCCAACUUGUGCGAGCUGGAGCGAGCGAACUGCCUGAGUGACGAGAAAAUCACCGUGGCCUACGAAGGAGAGUGCAAGAACUGCGAUUCCGGAUGCCCUGAUAACUACGACCCCGUCUGCGGCUCCGACGGCGUCACUUACUCCAACGUGUGCGAGCUGGAGCGAGCGAACUGCCUGAGUGACGAGGAAAUCACCGUGGCUUAUCCAGGCGAGUGUAACUCCUGUGACUUCGGCUGCAGUGGAUUGUGGGACCCCGUGUGUGGCAGCGACGGCGUGACCUACUCUAACCUAUGUCAACUUGAGAUUGCCAAUUGCCUAAAUGGAGGAGAUAUUAGCCUGGCGUACCCAGGAGAAUGCCAGGCGAAGGACGGUCCCUGUGACAUCAUCUGCACUGCCAACUAUGACCCCGUGUGCGGUUCUGAUGGCAACACGUAUGGCAACGCGUGUGAGCUUGAAGUUGCAGAUUGCAAGAGCGAUGACGAUAUAACUCUUGCACACUCAGGUCCUUGUUAAUAUAUGGAAAAAAGCAGCAGCUGUGACACGUUUUCAGUGAAAAAGAAACAAAAAAUCGGAAAGUAAAUUUCUGCUAAAUUUUCAUCUUUAUUCAAUUUCGUUUUAGGAUUACUAUAUCUGGUAUUUUCGAAAUUUAUGUGUUAAAAAAUCCGAGAAAAUGUAUUUGUAAAAUUCGGAAUAAAACAUGACUGGAAUACU